AGAGAGACAAGAGACAAGGACAACAGCAGCAACAACAACAAUUGUGACAACAAGAACAGAACAACAGAAACAUACAAACCUACAUCAGCAAAUAAAUGUCUGUGACAACUAUAAAGACGAACAAGAACAUAAGGACAAAGGACAAAACAAUAUCAACAACCACAAUGAUAACGCUGUCAAUGACAAUCACACAUAAUAGUAGUAAUGAAAUGAUGAACUAUGAUAGUGAUCACAAUGAUAAUACUGCAUUGAAACAGUCACACAUAAUAGUAGUAAUGAAAUGAUGAACUAUGAUAGUGAUCACAAUGAUAAUACUGCAUUGAAACAGUCACACAUAAUAGUAGUAAUGAAAUGAUGAACUAUGAUAGUGAUCACAAUGAUAAUACUGCAUUGAAACAGUCACACAUAAUAGUAGUAAUGAAAUGAUUAUCCAUGAUAGUGAACAGGAUGAAAAUGACUGUAAUGCACAUCAUUGUAAAAAGAAAAAAAAAUAUGUACUGUGAGUGUGCAUAUGUACAGGUAUCUCUGUAUGUGAGGAAGACUUCAUAUAUAUAUAAAGGUGCAAGAAUGUGUGGGCGUGUAAUUGUCACUGAGAAUGCAUGAAAGGAAAGGGGCCGCCUUCCACCUCCCAGAGUACCCCGCCCCAAAUAGCCAGGCCGGGCCCCGGCCGCCAGAAGGCCACCAGGCCCACAGGGGCAGGCAGCACAAAGAUCAGUGCCCCAAGAGCCAGCCCAGAGAGCCCUCCCCCCCGGGAAGACCAGCAAGGGAUCCCAGCCAUGGACAGGGCGCCGGCGGGCCGGAGGACUGCCAACCCCUGAGACCAGCGAGAGAUCACACCCCGCAAAGGCAGACUGGUAGCGGGGGCCACAAACCGGCAGGCCCAGAGACGCCUCCACAACCGGAAAGAAGCCCGCCCGCGCCGGAAGCGCCAGAUCCCGCCCACCGCCACCCCCACCCCCGGGGAGCGGAGCCCGGCCCGCCCCGGGCCAACCCCCGCCCGACCCCCGAUACAGGGCCGCCCCGCCAAGGGAUGCAGGAGGCACACCCUCCACCCACCCGGCGGAGGCACAGGCGGCAGAGAUGUAUCACGCAGCACCCGACCCCACGGAGCAAACCCCUGUAUGCCCCCCCCCCCCAAAAAUAAAUAACUAAAAUAAAUAAAUAAAUAAAUAAAAGUACACACACGCACGCACAUACACACUCCUACGCACCCACACGCAUGCACAUACACACUCCUACACACAUACACACCCCUACGCGCACGCACAUACACACUCCUACGCACUCAAGCGCGCACACACACGCACACGCACGCACACGCACGCACGCACGCACACACAGUGGUCGACUGCCCGACACCAGGAAGCCCCACCCUAUGCCCCGUUGGUAACCCUAGGAGCAGCGGAGCCGGGGACCCUGGGGUCCCAGACAUACGAUCCAGGAAACAGGCGCGGAGAGCGCGGACCGCCGGGGAGCAGGAAGACACCAGGCCACACCCUCAGGGGCAAAUAUUUUAAAAAAUUGGUCAAUAUUGGUAUUGCUUUCCCAUGAUAUAGUCCUGAGUUAAUUUGUAUGUAUUCAAGAAAUUUGUUAUGAUUUAUUCCAUACUGUGUAACAAGGUCGUUAAAUGAGAUAAAGUUGUUUCCUAUAAUUAUAUUUUUCAUACAACUUAUUCCUUUUUCGUGCCAUGUUGGGAAAUUUAAUGGUUUCUUUUUAAGCAAGAUGUCAGGAUUAUUCCAGACGGGAGUGUAUUGGCAAGGAGUGAGCGAGAAUUUUGUUAUUUUUAGUGGUGCUUAUAUUUAUACUUUUAAAACAAUUAUUUUUUCGGAGGAUUUGGCUAAUGAAGGGCAGGUUACAAAUUGGAAUUUCGUGGCUAAGUGAUUGUUCUAUGUCUAGCCAUAAAUAAUCCAAUGGGUUAGGGUUGAUCCAUUUUAAGAUAUACUGUAACCUGUUUGCAAGGAAGUAGUUGGGGAAGUUUGGGAGUUCUAAGCCCCCAUAUUCUUUAGAUUUUUGUAAUGUUUUGAGACUUAUUCGUGCUGGCUUAUUUUUCCAAAGAAAUUUAUUUAUAUAUGACUCUAAUGACUUGAACCAAAUUAUAGAUGGUUUGGUGGGGAUCAUGGAAAACAGAUAAUUAACCUUUGGUAAAAUCAUCAUUUUCACGGUGGAUACUCUGCCUGUAAGUGAGAUGGGCAAGGUUCUCCAACGUGCAAGAUCAUCCUCUAUUGACUUCAAUAGUGGAGUAUAAUUCAAGCGGAUCAGGUCUGACAGGUUGGAGGAAAUGUUAAUACCCAAAUACUUAAUGUUCCCUGAACACAGUGGUAUAGAGGGGGUGCUCUGGAAACCAAAGUUGAUGGGCAGUACUGUGGAUUUAGACCAGUUAAUGGCGUAAUCUGAGAAGGUGCUAUAAUUGUUAAUGAGUGAGAUAGAUUCGUGAAGUGAGGAAUGUGAAUUAUCUAGGAAGAGUAAUACAUCAUCAGCAUAAAGCAGGGGUCACCAACGUGGUGCCCGCGGGCACCAGGUAGCACCCCACGACCACAUGAGGCGCCCUCCAGCCUGCUUUUCAUUCAGGUUUUCAGUUAAUAAAGAAAGAACAGUAGAAAGAAUGCAUUCUGAAAUACAAAAUGUGAGUUGUGGACACCAGCAUUUUUUUAAUGUUCUGGUAAAACAAGCAAAUUCGCUUUGUUUGGGUUUAAAAUAAGCCCUGAAAGGAAAUGUUACAAAAAUGAGUAGCUCUUGGCUAUUUUCAUUUUGUAAAAGUAACUAUCACAAGGAAAAACGUUGGUGACCCCUGACAUAAAGGCUUAUCUUAUGAUGAACAUUUGUGGUGUGGAUCCCUUUAAUAUUUAUAUGUUGUCCAAUUGCAGCUGCAAGAGGUUCGAUAAAGAUAGCAAAUAGUGAGGGAGAGAGUGGACACCCUUGCCUCGUACCUCUUUGUAAAGUAAAUUCUGGAGAGAUGUGAUUGUUGGUCCGAACAGAGGCCUUCGGGGUGUUAUAUAGUAUUUUAAUCCAUGUUCUAAAUGAAUCUACAAAGCCAAAUGUUUGUAGUGUUGCAAAGAGAAAUUUCCAGUUUACUCUGUCAAAUGCUUUUUCAGCAUCCAAUGAGACAAUUGUGGUUUCUAAAUUAUGGAUGAUAGAGUAAUCAAUCAGAUUGAUUAGACGGCGUACGUUGCUAGUUGAGUUUCUCCCCUUGAUAAAUCCUGAUUGAUCAGGGUGUAUUAUAUGAGGGGUAACUUUGUCCAGCCUUAUAGCUAACGCUUUGCAUAUUAUUUUAAGAUCUGCAUUAAUCAGUGAAAUUGGACGAUAACUGGAAGGUAGUGUUGGGUCCUUAUCCGGUUUCAGCAGGAGACUGAUUGUAGCUGAGUUCAUGUUUGGAGGCAAGCAUGAACUGUCUUUAAUUUCCAAAACCAUUCUAAGAAAUAUUGGAGAUAGUAAUGACCAGAAUGUUUUAUAAAACUCGGCAGGGAAACCGUCAGGUCCUGGUGCUUUGUUAUUCGGCAACCGGUGUAGAGCGUUAUGGAGUUCUAUUAAUGAAAAGGGUACAUCUAAGUUGGUCACCUGUUCGUCAUUUAAUUUUGGUAAUUCUAUGGUGUUGAGAAAUGUUUCGAUAUCUGGGAGAGAUGGUUUAAUCUGAGGUGAAUAUAGAUUUUUAUAAAAGCUCCUAAGAUGUAAUUAAUUUCCUCCGGGAGGUGAGUGAUGUGACCUCCUGAGUUUCUAAUGGAGGAAAUAGAGCUUUUUUCUUUAUUGACUUUUAGUUGGUUAGCUAAGUAUUUUCCAUGUUUAUUGCCAUGCUCAAACUUUUCCAAACGUAGUCUCUGCAGUUGGAACUGAAUUUUCUUGUCAGUAAUUUCUUUUAAGUCUAGUUUCAGUUUCCUUAGGUUACUUAGGAUAUGCUCAUCCUUUGAGUCAGCAUGAGCUGCUUCGAGGAGUUGGAUUUUUUUCUCCAACUCUGAUUCUAGUAAUCUCUUUCUUUUUCUUAUAUGAUGAAUAUGAAAUGGUUUUUCCGCGCAUUACUGCUUUUGCUGCCACCCACAGAAUACUAGCCGAAACCCCGGGUUGGUCAUUGAAGUCUAAAAACAUUGUCCACUCUCUUUCAAAGUAUUUUAGGAAGUCUGAGUCUUUUAGUAAUGAUGUAUUUAAUCUCCAGCAUCUAGUAGGAGUGCUCAUUGUUUGGUUAGUGAGAAAAAGAGAGACGGGGGCGUGGUCACUAAUGGUGAUAGGGUGUAUGUGAAUGUUUGAGAUGUCUGAUAUGACUGAGUUGCUUGUCAAAAAGUAGUCAAUACGAGAGUAGGUGUGGUGCACUGGUGAGAAAUAAGUAUAUUCCCUGUGAGUAGGGUGAUAAGAGCGCCAAGCAUCACAAAGACCAAAAUCAUUCAUGUAUUUCUUCAAUAUCGAUGUUGAUUGAGACUCACGAUGUCUCCCGGCUGGGCUAGACCUGUCCACUUCUGGGUUAAAUACUAAGUUGAGGUCCCCUCCCAAGAUCAUACUUGUAUCCAAAUGUGCAGAGAGAGAAGAAAAGAAGGCAUGAAAGAAGGAGGGGUGGUCAACAUUCGGACCAUAUAUGUUGGCAAUGCAGAAAUGUUCAUUAUCAACAGAUAUGUUCAUUAUUAUAUAUCUCCCUUCUGUGUCUGGAAUAGUGUUGUGGAGUGUAAAAUUCACCCUCCUGUUCAUUAAAAUAGCUACCCCUCUCUGUUUGGAGUUGUAACUUGCUAAAUAUGUGUGUGGGAACUGUGGUGAGUGAAGUGUAUGGACAGCUGACUUGGACAUGUGAGUCUCUUGGAAUAAGACAAUGUCUGCUUGGGUGUUCUUCAAAUGAUUAAACAUUUUUUGUCUUUUUUCUAUCGACCCAACUCCCCUGACAUUCCAAGUGACAAACUGUAGUGAGUUCAUCCUAGAAUAGCUUUAGUGAUGUGUGUGUGAACAAGAUCAAAUGCAAAGUAUGUGUACCUGGAAGUAAAAAUUAAUGGGAGUAUAUACAGUACAUUUAAAUGUAUGCUUAAUUUGUACAUAGGCAAAGUGUAACAUAGUAAUCCUGAAUGAACUAAGCCAACUAAAGUGAGGACGUGAUGUGGGUUUAUGCAUAAGUGAGAUGAGCGUGCUUGUGAGUAGUUGUGAUAUCCAUAUCAAUAGUAGAAUAUGAUGUGUAUGUGUAGGAGAAUGCGUGCACGUGUGUGUAUUUGUGUGGAUACCUUGAAUUUGGUUGGGUUUGGACUUUGAGGGUGUAUGAUGUCACUGUGAGGAGAUGCUGAUGAAGGAGACAGCUGGCAGACAAGAGGAUAUGUGACAAUAUGAGGAGGGGAGAAAACGAGACAGAGGGGGCAAUAGAAGAGGAAGAAAGAGAAGAAGAAAUACAGUGGGAUAGAGAGAGAAAAAAAGGGGGGGGGUAAAGUGGGAGCAGACAGUAACAUGCAAAUGCUACAAGUGUGUGCGCUGCGAGAUAGAAAGAAAAGUUACCUGGUUGAGAUAGAUCAUUAGUUACCAUAUCAAUACAGCCACGGUGUUACUUCCUGGUCGCGGUAAAGUUGUCCAUUGACGAAGAGUUUAUCCACCGUGAUGACAGCUCGGCAUCCCUCGUUGAUGAACUUCCUCCGAACAGGGAACAGGCGUCGGCGCCUGUCGAGGAUUUCUCGGGGGAAUUGAUCGUUGAUGCUGAAGUCCGUCCCCUUCAGCUCCCGGCCCCCGGCCCUUCACCUGUUCCUUCUGCUUGAAAUGUUCGAAUUUCGCCACGAUGGGUCUCGGCCUACGGUUCUCUGGCUUCUUGGCUCCCAGGCGGUGAACGCGGUGAAAAGUGAUGCUUUGGAUGGCGUCCGCUGGGAGUUUGAGUUGUUGCGCCAUGAAGGCCCUCACCGAUUCUUCCGGGUCCUCCUCAGAUUUUUCGGGAAUUCCGCGAAUUCUUGGACGAGUUGUGAAACUCCGUCGGUGAGGGACUUCACCGAGUCGCGGAGGGUGGUGUUCUCCGUGACCAAGGAGACGAUCUGGUUUUGGCUGAAUUCCAGAGAUUCACGGAUGGCCUGGAAUUCUUUGUGAAGUACUUCGACGAGAGCGAGGCGGCCGUCCAAGCAAAUCAGCCUCUUGUCGAUGGACUCAAGGAUGUCUCUGAUGUCAGUGCCUGGCGGAGAUAUUUCUCCAGCAUGUGGCCCUUGCUGGAAAAAGUUUGGACACCCCUGAUCUCCACAGGAGGCACCACUGCAUUGUUUUCUUUGUUCAGAGAGCCAGUGGAUGAGGUCCUGCAGAUGCCUCCAUCUUUGCUGACGUGUGCCGGCUGCCAGCAGAACAUCGGCGACCGUUUCUUCCUCAAGGCCAUCGAGCAGUAUUGGCAUGAGGACUGCCUCAGCUGUGAUCUGUGUGGCUGUCGGCUCGGGGAGGUCGGCCGCCGGCUGUACUACAAACUGGGAAGGAAAUUAUGCCGCAGGGAUUACCUCAGGCUUUUCGGCCAGGAUGGUCUCUGCGCAUCCUGUGAGAAGAGGAUAAGAGCGUUUGAAAUGACCAUGCGUGUCAGGGACAAGGUCUAUCACCUGGAAUGCUUCAAGUGCGCUGCCUGCCAGAAGCACUUCUGCGUCGGUGACCGCUACUUGCUCAUCAACUCAGACAUUGUUUGCGAGCAGGACAUCUUUGAGUGGACGAAACUCAACAAUAACAGCGUGGUGUAGGAAGAACUCGACGAUGUACGUACUUUUUAGUGAGGAAAUCAUGAAUGCACAGCCUGUCUCUCGCCAUGCAUCUCCAAUUCCCGCGGAAACAUUUCAACACAAGCGAGACGUCGCGCCAAAUAUGGCAGGCAGCUCUUCAUCUCAGGCCUUUUACUUCCAGAGACACCAAGAUCCAAAAGUGCACUGGCCACCCCCAGUGGGAGCCUCAGAGUGGUUAACCAUGAUGAAAAGUGUCGAAAACAAGGACAGGCAUUUUCCACUUUAAUAUCAGUUUACUACCAAAGCCAACCCCAAUAGUGGCCAUUGUAGAGCUACUCGGCUGGGGUCCAUAUCACAACCUGCAAACUAUAAUAACACUAUAUCGCUUUUUUAACUUUGCCAAUGAAGCCUGGGUUUUAACCUUCUCUUAAAGGUGCUGCCCUUCUUCGGCUCCGAAACAACUUUUCAACCACUGGGUCGCAGAUGUUAGUAAUAAUGGUUUAAAGCAGGGGUGCGCACAAUUGUUCAGCCUGUGAGUUACUUUUAAAAUGAUUUUAAAAGUCCUAAAGAUAUACUCUACCUCCUACUAUAAAUAUAUACAAAAAAAUAAAUAGUGCAUUUCUAUUGAUAAAAGAAAAAUAUGAAUACUUAUUUAUGUCUGUUACACGGUACAUGUAUAUCAGUUACAAAAUGAUCUACCCCUUUCUGUAAAACAUAUCAAAUUUAACCAGGAAACUUUGAAAUACUGUUAGAAAUAUUCAUGAUUAGUAUUUCACAUUCACAUUUUCAAAGUUUACAGGUAAUCUAGGGGUGUUCAGAGUGCAGCCCGGGGGCCAUUUACGGCCCAUGACUGCUUUUUUUUGGCCCUCGGCACAUUCUAAAAAUACAAUUAAACAAUAACAUUUAAAAAACAACAGCAAAAAAAAAGUUGUGAUAUACGUUGUCAAAAAAGAAAAAAAACCAAAAAAAACCCCCAAAGAAUUAAUUAGACAUUUUAGGAAAAUUAGGUUGAGUAAAUGCUAUAAUAUUAUGACAAUAACAUCAAAAUAUUAUGGGAAUAAGUCACAUUUUCUUUUCGUAUGAAAAGAAAAUGUACAAGUAGAACGUUAGUAUUUGUAAAAUUUUUUUUAAAAAAACCCAGCCAAAAAGUAGUGUAAGGAGAAACAGUCCAUAAUAAUAAUAAUAAUAAUAAUACACUUUGUCACUGAUAAAAUGAAUAAAUAUAUUAUAUAUAUAUACAGUAUAUUUAUACAUAUACAGUACUGUAUAUACACACACACACACACACAUAUAUAUAUAUACAUAUAUACUGUAUAUAUAUAUAUAUUAAACACUUGGUUGGUUUAAAAAAAAAAAAGGAAACGCGCCCCCGCAUGUUUUGAUUUUUUCGUAAGCAGCCCUUAGUGGAAAUGAGGUAAAAGUACUUGACAUCAUAAUUACAUUCAAUCAAGAGCUGCGUACAGAACCUGAGUACCGGUAAUAACUAUGCAGCGUUCAUCGAGACGCACAGUUUAAGUUACGUCCUGUUAGCAUUUGCUAUCAAACAUGACAGAUGUGACACAAACGACAAUGCAGCCCAAGUCAAGACAACAUAUUAAAAAGGUUUCAGCAGUGGGCACAUUUUCCAUUUCGUCAUGAAAUAAUAGUUUAAGAAGCGGAUGUGAAGAAAAGACUGAUUUACGUAGUGGAGUUCAUGACGCCAAGCCAAGCCAUCAAACAGUACACAUUUUUUUUCUACAUAGCUAACCUUCACUACAAGUGAAAGAAGAACUUUUGUUGUAGAUAUAAGCAUCUCACCGCUGAGUUAAUUUAGCCCAAAUCAGAACAUAGAACAUAGAUGACAGUUGCAUGUCCGUGUGUGGCUUGAAACCCCACAAGGAAGCAAGAGUUAAUCAGGAAGGGAGCUUAAUGUCAGCUGACUGACGUCACAAGACAUCUGCAAAGUGAUCGACCCAAACUACCUUGGCCAUCUACUUGUAGCUUGCGAUCAAGGACGGACUGGUAAUCUGCGAGUUCUGGAAAAGUCCAGAACGGCCGUCCAGUCUACGGCCGAUAAUUGGUCUUUUUUUUUUUUCGGUCAACCGGCCCUGUCUAACAGUCUAACACCUAGGCCUACCAGCAGAUGGUGCUGUAACGAUCAUUUGAAGAAGAAAUUAAAAGAGAAAAAACCAAAGUUAUUGGCGAAUGAAGCUUGAAAAUGUAGGAAGCUUACAGAGCUUUUUGACCGCGGAUGUUGUAACCCGCCCUGUUUCGCACCUGCCCGCACCGAACACAGUACCUGGACUGGACUAUCGGCCGCAUGUUCAGCACAGCUCUUGAGGCAGAGGGAGUGAGAUUUGAUGAUCAAUAAUGGCUUAUUGCCCUGAAAAAAUACACGCCGUGUAUUUGACAAAUAGGCUAUAUUAGAAAUAAGGAGACACGGUAAAUGACCGCAAAUUAAUUUCUUUAUGCGCCGCAGUUAAUUAAUGCGUUGGCCUGGAACCGAUUUCAAAACUAUAUAGACCCCCCAAAAAACCCCUCCCUGCUGGUGGCCCCCGGGUGGUGGGUGGGCCUAUUUGGGGAAAAGUCCAGGGCCUUUUUUUGGUCCCAGUCCGUCCCUGCUUUCGAUCGAUGUAAUGGGCACCCCUGGUUUCAAAGAACAGAUUGAACAAAUCAAUAUCUAUAUUUGCCACACUUGCAACUGUAACCCAUGCCAUGCUAGAGCUAAACUUUGACGUCACUUCUUGUUCCGUCCCCCACUCAGCUCCCGUAAGCACUGGAACACAUUUACAGCAAUAUGUACAAGUCUCAUUUGUGUCUUAUUUUCUGUUAGUAUACUGUAUCGACUAUAUUGGGUCAUAGAAGUGUAAAAGUGACUAAAGGGGUGUUAUCUAAUGUCUAGAGGGCUCUAAUUGUUACGGUGGCGCAUGGUCGUGACCCCAGCAUGCAGAGACAGAGUCGAAGUGAAGGUGAAGGUCUUUCAUAAGCCACAAGCAGGUGCAGGUACUCACAGUUGUGUAGAAAGAAUGGAGACAAAAGAUGACAAAAAGGCUCUGUGGACAUAAAAAUAAAAGAGAUAAGUACAAUAGGAUAUGUUAACUAAGGCUGACGAGCAGCAAACAAUGACAAAACAAAAUGCAUGUAGCACUGACAAUCAACCAGCAAAGUCCUUCUUGCUGCAGGUCAACACGUGCUUUCACUUUUAAGUCCCCAAACACCAGAAAACUCUCCAACAAAAAAACCCUCCAAAAAGUAUGUAGAUUUGCCGCUAGUCACCUCUGAGGGUUUGAAAUGUCGCCGGUUUUGGCGACAAAGUCACUGAGUUUGCAACACUUGCUGCGACCAUGACUUCACGCUUCAUGCAUACCGCCACCUACUGUACCAGAGUAUGCAACAUGGGCCAUGUAAUCUUUUUUACAUUCACUCAGAUAAUAGCAAGAGAAAAAUCCUGAUUCUGUUAUAUAGUCCUGUGUCAUUCCUUCAAUACCCUCAAUCAACAAGGGAUUACAGUGUAUGUUGUUUAGCGUGCACAUACACCACAGCAGUCUCAGAGGAGUGACCGACAAGUUGGAGUGAUUGCGUGGUUAUGAUUACGUUAGUAGCUAAACUUUGCCAAAUUGCUAUAAUUGGCGGACAGCAAGCAUACGUUAUGCACAUGCGUGUGUGUUACAUGCAGUGUUGGAGCUUCUAUUCCAUCGACAUUAUCCAAGCCUAGUACUCACAAAAGAAAAUAUAGGCUGCAUAUUAUUUUGAUAAAUUAAAUUGUAAAUUUCGAUAUGGACAAUGUCCAAGUAGCUCUUCCAUCUUUGCGGUGGCCUCAGUAGUCCACCAAUACUAAAGUGGUAAAUGCCUGUAAAAACUGUGGCUGGCCAUUGUUUUAGCCAUUUUUUUGCAACGGUGAACCACUUUUGAGGUGCCCCCUGGUGGUGGCCAAUGCAGUGGUUAACCUCUUGCCACUUUUUAGUCUCUGCGACUUCAAUGCAAAAAAUCCAAAUCCAGGUGUCGCAAAGAAAAAACAGAAAGAGGCUGGAGCACAUUUCAGCGUAGUAUGCUGACAAGUGGAUUCAAUUAUCCCAAUGUUUGGACCAAUGUUUGCACAAAAUAGCAUUGUUUUUGAAGUGUGUGCUUUUUUUAAUAAUGACAAUAAAAGUAAGCAGAUGUUUACAUCGCAAAUAAACUCUUCGGGAUUUCUUGGUGGCUCUUUUUAUAAUAAUUGAACAUUUUUGAUAGGUUGACUUGGAGUCCCCCAGAAGUCAUCUUUUGGAACAUCAAAGACUGCAGCGAUGCACGCCCACCCUGACAACAACUUUUCAAUGUAUUCAAUAAACUGCAAUUUUAAGAAAGACUGAUUUGAUGUUUUUGAUGUCUUGUGCUGUUGGCUGCAUGCAUUUUUGUAAAGCAACACGCACAGACAUGUGAAGAAGUGAUAUACUGCAGUGCUCCCCAACCUUUUUUGACCCACGGACCGGCUUGUGUUCCCACAAAUCUCCCGUGGAACGGGGUGGGGGUGGGAGGGGGGGUUGUACAUUAUAGCGAUCUAAUUUUUCUUAUUCAUUAUGUACUGUGUAAAACUAAGACUGUGACGUUCUGUAGGACAGGAGCGAAGGUCCCCUGUCCUGCGCUAGUAUUUUGGUGGGCUGUGCCUUCUCCGGGGAGGAAAAGGCAGCCGCUUCUCGCCUGGUGGCCGCGCACCUGCGGCCAAUUAACAUUUGUGGCGGAUAAAAGGCCAGUGUGGUCGAAUGUGCGGCGCUGGUUCAUUAUUAUUGUCUUUGUUAUCCAUGCUUCUCGUCUCCAAGACAGUGCUGUGACUUAAACAAUUUACUUACCAGGACUACUUGCACCUUUUGUCACAGAGCCUUUCCUCUGUCGCCUUUUAUUUCUCCUGUUUAUAUUAUUAAAGUACCCUUACUUUUUGCACUCCGUGGCUUUGUCUCUGCCUAUUGGGGGUCAAGCAUUCGACAGCUUCUACUCGCGCCUGAUGUUCCGUGGAGACAAAGACAUGAAUAACAUCAAAUUAAAAGCACAAAAUGAAUGGUGACCCACCAUCCACCAGUUCAAGUUCCAGCCAAGUGUUUCCAGAGAGAUGAUGACAUGGCUGUUUGACGUGUGUGGUAAAAGGCAGUGUGCUAGCAUUAAUUACCUUGAGACAAAUGUGCACAUUAGCACUCAAUAAGUCAUCCAAACUUACCUUCAUGCAUUCCCACAUAGUAUCAGCAUUUACACCACAUAUGAGGUGAAAAUGUUGUGGAGUAAUAAGAGGCACAACACAACUCGUAUCUAGUUGAGGGAAAAGGGAUACCCCGUUUAUUCCGUUCACCCUUAAAUAGACACAGUGAACAAUAACAAUGACGUGGAUUACCAAAACCUCGUCCUUCCUUGGACCUGUUGGCAGGACAUUUUGAAAUCACAUAACAUCUGGAACACAUCUUGUAUAACUUCGGUCACGAUGACCUCCCCCUCAGUCACGUAGGCCUGAGUUCAACUGCCUUUCACAGAACAAAAGGUACUCUGGAGUUCACAGGACAAGAAUCAUUUUACAAUAUAUUCCCCCCUUUUGGGGGUCCCAAACCCCCAAAACAAAUAAUAAUGUCUCUUAGACCCGUCAUUUCACCGUCUUCAUUUUCCGAAAGAAGUUCAAAGAUUAAGUUCGUGGGGAUUUUGAUGCCUGCUUGUCCUGAAGACUGGGCACGGGGAAGUGGGGAAUGUGUUAUGGGCAGUGAUUUGGUGUGGGGCAAGGUCGGGAGCUAUGUUUCUGCUCACAUCAUCACCGCCCAGAGGAUUAUUGUGCCUCUGUAAGAAUGGUGUUGGCCAUCUUCAGUCCCUUCUUCGAUCACCCGCCGAUGAUCAGCACGAUGUCAUCUGGAGGGACCCUUUGUGAUGAGGGGCUUCUUUUGCCGAAACGAGGUGGUGACUUGGCACGUCACAUAUUGGAGGAGGGCGCUCAUCUCACCCCUUCCUCAUAGCCUGCCUCCUGGAUGGAUGUCCUCCCGCACGAUCUGGCUCCCUCGAUUAUAGCCCUCAGGAAUGACUCGUCUCGGCUGGCGUGGUCCUCAUGGAUGGCUCGUCUCAGCUGGAGGGUCCCCUUGGUUGGUAUAGCUUGGUGCAGUGGUUUAAAUGCUACCAAGUUGUGCUCCCUUCCACUUGGACAGCCGUCAGUGUUGCUCGCACCACCUUAUAGGGUCCCUCUCGUCUUGGCUUGUGCCACUUUCGCCUGUACACCUUGAUGUACACCUGAUCGCCUGGCACCACCAGGCCGUCUGACACCUCCGUGGACUCAGGUGCCCUGCUUUUCUCCUGCACAUAGAUAGCUCUAUGUAUGGCAGUUAACUGUUUUAUAUAAUCUUUCAGUUCAUUUUGCAACUGCUCAAGUGGGGACCCUUUAUAAGGCCCUCUCAAAUGUGGUGCUGGCAUGGGUCGACCCGUAAGCAUUUCAUGCGGUGUUAGAUGUGUCAUUCUGUUAGUCUGCAUGCGAUAACUCAUUAGUGCAAGUGGUAGUGCAUCCACCCAAUUUAACUUUGUGCUAGCACAAAUUUUAUUGAGUUUGGCUUUGUCCCAUUUACUCUCUCUACCAUUCCCUGGGACUGAGGAUGAUAGACACACCCCAACCUUUGUCUUAUCCGCAACUGUUGUAGGAUUCCUUUGGCUACUUUUUGCACGAACGCCGGACCGUUGUCCGAACUUAUUUCUGAUGGUAUUCCAAACCGCGGAAUUACUUCUCUUAACAGGAAUUUAACAACAGUUUCUGAACUCUGAUCUUUAGACGGCAUCGCUUCAACCCAACGACUAAAUCGGUCAAUAACUACUAACAUGUACCUCUUUCCAUGCACCGAUUUAAUCAUGUCUACAUAGUCUAGCACAAGAUGUUUGAAUGAUCCUUCUGGAACUGGUAUGUGUCCAAUGGGUGGAGUUAUGCCUUUUCUGACAUUGUUCUGUGCACAAACUUCACAUUGUCCCAAGACUUCAUCUAUCAUUGACUGCAAAUAUGGUGACCAAUAUCCUUGCUGUUUUAUCUUCCUUACAACUUCCCCCUUUGCACAGUGAUCUGGACUGUGCACAUCUGAUAUUAGCACUGUAAGUAAUGAGACUGGCGCAACAAGCAGUCCUUCAUGUGAUCUCCACAGACCUUUUUCAUCUUUUGAAGCUCCUCUCUGCUGCCACAAACUGUGCUCACUUAGCCCUGCAUUUUGUUGCAUCGACACAAUGUCAUCUGGCGUAGCAACUGGUUCUAUCGACACCAAUGGAGCCAAAACAGUCACCUGGCUUUUAGAAGCCAAUUUUGCUGCUUCAUCUGCUGCAUUGUUUCCAUGCACAACAUCUUCAUUUCCUUUCCUGUGUGCCUGACACUUGAUAACAGCAAGCCUUGUUGGUUGCAUCAUCGCCGAAAUAAGAUCAACUAUCUGUUUUUGGUGGUGUAUUGGUGAACCAUCACUUUUUUUAUAACCACGUUGCUUCCACACUGCCCCAAACAAAUGACACACUCCAUGUGCAUACGCCGAGUCCGUAUACACAUUUGCUGUCUUUCCUUUGGCCAUUCUGCACGCUUCAGUCAAAGCCUUCAACUCAGCUAAUUGUGCAGAGCAUGGUUGUACACAACUCUCAGCCUUUAUUGUCACAAAAUCACUUCCUUCCUGUUUGAUAACUGCAAACCCUGCAUGGCUGCCAAGGUGAUCUCUGUAACACGAUCCAUCCACAAAGUAUGUCACUUCUGCAUUUAACAAAGGUGUAGACUCCAAAUCUGGUCUUAACUUCGUGUACUUCAUUGCCUCUGGCACACACUCAUGAGGCUCACCUUCAAAACUGAAUGAAAUUGUGUCUGCAGGAUUUACCGUUGCGCACCUUUUAAUGGUGACAUCUGGAUACGUCAGCAGUGGCAAGUACUGCAAACAUCGAGCCUGCAUUAUCACAAACUUAUUUUGGUGGAUCAGCUCAGAAAUUUUAUGAUGCGUAUAUAUUGUCACUGGAUGUCCCAUUAUGAUUGUUGAUGCCUUCUCAUACGCAUAAUGAACGGCAGCCAACCCUUGACAACAUGGUGGCCAACCCUGGACCACAUUGUCCAGCUUCGUGCUGUAGUAUGCAAGGGGUUGUUUCCUUCGACCACUACAGGUUUCUUGCAUCAACACUGCAGAUGCGUACAUGUUAUGUCUAUUUGACACGUACAAAAACAACGGUUUGCCAUAGUCUGGUGUUGCCAACGCCGGAGCUGUUUGCAUUUCCUGUUUGAUUGUUUCAAACGCAAUUCUGGACUCAUUGGUCCACUUCAGCGGUGACCUCAAUGUCUGAGUCUCACCCUCCUUUAUUAUUUCUCGCAAUGGUGCAGUUUUGACAGCAUAGUCCACUAUCCAGUUUGAGCUGAAACCAGUCAUGCCUAGAAAAGUCAUCAUCUGUCCCACUGUAAGAGGGAGUGGCACUUUGCUCACUCCUUCCAACUGAGAGGGUCCCACUGAGAUUGUUUCGUGUGAUAUAACUCUUCCCAGAUACUCGACCUGGGGCUGGCAAUAUUGUAACUUUGCCCGGGAGGUCUUAUGCCCCCCCUCAGCCAACUUCUGAAGUAACUUAAUUGAGUCUCUGUGGCAGUCCUCGAGUGUCGGUGCGCAUAUUAACAGAUCGUCAACGUACUGUAAAAGGGUGCUAUUGAGUUGCAACCCUUCAAGGUCCUCUCUUAACACCUGAUUAAACACAUGUGGACUAUGUUUGAACCCCUGUGGCAUUCGAGUAUAGCAAUAUUGUUUUCCUCGAUAUGUGAACGCAAACAAAUGUUGAGAGUCUUUGUGUAACGGAACACUAAAAUAUGCUGAGCACAAGUCUAUUACUGUGAAAAACUUAGCUUCAGGUGGAACAUUUGUCAAGAGAGUAUGUGGAUUUGGUACUUCCACUGGACUAUCCUGGACGAUCUCAUUCACUGCUCACAAAUCAUGUACCAGCCGGUACUUGGAUUUGUCUGCUUUCUUCACAGGUAGUAUUGGCGGGUUACAAAAACUGUGUGUCUCAAUUAAUACUCCCGCUUUCAGAAGCCCUUCAAUAGUUUGGCUUAUACCAUUGUCUGCCUCUAAUUUCAGAGGGUACUGUGCGCGUCUUGGAAGUUUCAUGUUUGGUUUAAGCUCCACUCUAACAGGGUUUGCUGACUUCACUAACCCUACAUCUGUUUCAUGUUUUGACCAUAGAUUUUCUGGGACGUGUUCGAGCAUUUCUUGUUUUAAGUCACUCUCACCUUCACGGAUUUGCAGCAUCUGUGGUACGUCAAAUGAAGUAAUGAUCACUUCUUUUGGUUUUGAAACCAUAUGGGUACCACACAAAAUUUUUUAUCUUUGUCUCAUUUGGCGACACAAAAAUUUGUGGAUUUUCAGUCGCUUUCCAAGUUAUUUUGGCCGCAUUUUUCAUCAUUGGCCCCAAAUCCUUUGACGCAAAUUUUUUGUUAACCAACAAGGUUAUGUGUGGUGCCGAAUUGGGCACGUUGUACCAUUGUGCAAGGAAAGGAUUUGACUCAACGUUAAACGCUGCACCCUCUUGCCCAAUUAUGAUAUACUCUGUUGUCAAUGACACCGUCAGGCCUUCAGUUUGUGUUUCCCACUGUUCUUCACAGAUUUUGCUACAUGAUGGAUCAAAAUAGACUGUGCAAUUGUAUUCAGACCGUGGUUUUGACGCUUUUGGAAUUUGAGCACAGAUGUACUGUACUUUUCCCACUUUUGGAAAGCCUGCAGCACUGGUUCUGAUAUAUCUCCUAACCAGUAUACUUUUGCACGCGCUGUCUGAACAUUCAUUUGGAAAUUUUCCUUCACUCUAUCUACUUUCACUCCCUCAGGCGUACAAGAAAUGUUUACAUUCAGCUUGCAUAGAGCAUCUCUUCCUAGCAAAUUUACUGGUGUCUGCUCAGAUACCAGAACUGGCAAUGUCAUUGUUUCGCCCUCCAUUGUUAGCUGAACUGGAGCCGUCAUAGGUAUUGUUUGAAGCUUUCCCGAGAAUCCUACUGUUUUGACAAAUUUGUCAGACAUGGGGAAGUGUGAGGCGUAACUUGGACCUACACAAGUGUAGGUUGCUCCAGUAUCGACCAACAUUGGUAUUUGUUUUCCUUUGAUUUGAACUUGAACUACUGGUUCUUUUUUAGUUAUAGAUGUUACUAUUGGCAGCUGACCUUCCCCUGCAGGAUUCUCUGGGCACCCCUAAUAACAAUAAUUUGGACCUCCCCAUGGGUUGACUGGACCCGAAUAUGACUGUUCUGAAUUUGGACCUUGGCUCAAUGGUUGUUGAGGUUGUUGAUCUCCAUAGCCUCCUUUGACCCAAUUAUGCGCCGGCCAUGGAUUGGUUGGACAGUUCUGUCGAUUGUGUCCUUGCUGUCCACAUCCCCAACAGACUUUGGGAAGUACUUGCGGACGGGUAGCUUGUUGUUGCGACCUCCUUCUUGAUCCAUCUUUUCAGCCCAUCUGAUAUUGCCUUCCCCUUUGCGCCGCUUGAUUUGUUCUUGGUUGAGCAUAUACAUUGAUGACAGGUGGCGCUUGCGCUGGUGGUACUGUUGUUGGCACUGGAGCUGGAGGUGGAGCUGGAAAUGGCAUUACGGGUGCCUCCACACUUGUCUUUGCAUCCCCGACUGAGGCUUGAGCUUUCUUUUUGUUCUUGCUUGACAGUUCCCCAAGUUGCAACUGGGCAACCUUUCUUUGAACUUCUUGGUCUUGCUCUUUCAGCCGUUGUUCAUCUCGUCUGUAUUUUUCAAUAGCAUGUAUCACAGAACUCCCUGUGUGACUUUGACGUCAGUCCCACAACAUCCUCCAGUCUACUUUUUACUGGAGUUGGCAUGGCUUCAACCACUGCUGUUCUGAAUAGUGUGGUCAUCAGUGGGCUAUUUCCAACUUCUUCCUGAGUCUCUUGCUUCCACCGUUUGAGCUGGCGGCUGAUAUACUCGGCAGGGUUCUCUGUUUCCGUAAGUGGCUGUCCCUUCAGGGCCUUGGGAUCAAUCUUGAUCGGAUACUCCCUUCGCAGUGUCCCCCACAAGUCUCUGUGAUAAGGAUUGAACUCAAUUCCAUCCGCUUCAGGAUUUUGCAUCCAUCGAUGGCCACUUAGAUAUAGCACAUUUUCCAUUGUUGGUAUCCCCAACACUCGUGCCCACACAGCCUUGAUAUCUCCAAGCGCCAGUAUUUUACCCACUGUUUCUUCUUCAAACGCCCUUAUCCAUUUGCUGGCCCCCUCAUGGAUACUAGGCAGCCUGGCGAUCAACCCCUCAAGAUCAAGUGUUUGCCAAGGAAUAUACUGUCCCUGUGUUCCUUUUAUUAAUAUUGGCAAUUGAUUAGCCGGAUCGGUAUACCUCCCUGGAGGGUGUAUGCCAGGCCUGUAUCUGAGAUCAUACUUUCUGUUUUCCUUGCCAUUUGCAGCAAAGGUAAGGUUCUUCAAACACUCAGAGGGAGGGCUGUAGCCACUCCCCUUGCGUCCCCUCGCUCAACACCUCCUUCAGUUAUUCACUUCACAUCCGGUCACUGGCAGAACCACACAGCUUGACAAGAUUCACUAAGUUCAAAGUAAUACAAAACGAAGUCUCAAAAGACUUAUCACACAGCAAAUUGCACACAAUUUUCUUCUCAAUUCAACCACUGCAAUUCUGUCCUUUCAACUAGUUCAUAACCCCCACUACAGAGAAGACAACGUUCUGACGCACUUUGAAUUUCUCUGGGACCACACCCAAGAUAGCCUCACUCCAGCGCAACCCACAACAAAUUAACAUUGGCACAAAUAACACAACUAGGCAAGAUGCACUACACUCAAUAAUAGCCAAAUGCAGCACCUCCAGCAACAGACACAAAGAUGACACACAAACUGCUUUCACUUCAACUAUGUGUAAGGUUGACCUUUUUGUUGUUCCAGAAGAGAUCAUUCAAACAAAGGAUGACUCUAUGAACAUUUCUGACAAUACGUUUUUAACCGCACUUCUCACUUGCGUGUUUGGCAAUUUUCAGCUAUUUACACUGGCUAACGUUACUGUCUUGCGACUAAGAUGAUUAAUCUUAUAGUUAUUUCCUUCUGAGGGUUACAAAGCACAGUUUGUCCUCAGCUGGCCUUCGUUCACACACACUCACUCACUCAAGACAGUGAAAAAACACACAAAAAAACAGCUGGACGCUUUCCCUUUUUUCUUCUCACUUAGACUUGGUUUAGGGCCCAUGACUACAGUAAUUUUAACACAAAGAAAAGUAAACUAAUUAAGAAGAGAUUUCAAUGCGUGCAAACUACAGUCAAACCUGUCUUAGCGGCCACCUUUAUAGAACGGCCACCUGCCUAUAGCGGCCACUGAAAAAUCCCCCGCAGCAAAUGUACAUGUUAUAGACCCUGUGUAUAGCAGUCACCUGUCCAACGCGGCCAGCGGCCACCCAUUUUGUCUCCCUUGGUCAA